AGCGACUGCUGUGCCACCUUUAUACACACGAUACGUCGUCUGCAGGAUGCACGCACGUGUUUGUUGUUUCCGCCGCCUGACUCACUACCGUACUGUCGCGUCUUUUAUCAGGCGAGGGCUCCUGCUUUUAUUUUCUGUGGUAUAGUAUUCCACUGGAUUCAGCAGCACAUCAGGCACAGGCCGACAAGAUGCUCGAACCAGUGAAACAUAUUUUAUCAUCAAAAAGAAUCAUUCUUGCAAGUGGCUCUCCUCGAAGACGCGAACUUCUACACAAUAUUGGAAUCAAGUGUGAAAUAAUCCCAUCUACCUUUGAAGAAAACCUGGAUCCUAAAAAGUAUGCUCCAGAUGUGUUUGUCACUGAAACUGCUAAAUUCAAAGUAUUAGAAGUUGCGGAGCGUUUGGCUUCUGAUGUCAGGCCUCCAGAUCUCAUCAUAGGCUGUGAUACAACUGUUGCUUUGGGAGAUACAAUGCUAGGAAAACCAACUAGCUCAGAGAAUGCAUUUGAAAUGCUGAGCAUGUUGAGUGGUAAAUCUCACACAGUUUACACUGGCGUUGUCCUCAAAACUCCUGAUAAAACUGUAUCGUUCUGUGAAAGCACCAAAGUCUUUUUUGCAAAACUAAGCCCAGACGUCAUUAAAAGUUAUAUUGCAACUGGAGAACCCAUGGACAAAGCAGGAGCCUAUGGAAUUCAAGGAAUUGGAGGUUCCAUUAUUGAAAAGAUUGAUGGUGAUUAUUUUACUGUUAUGGGACUCCCAUUGUGCUCAUUGAGUAAAUACAUUUUGGAGCUAUUGGAGGAAAAAAGGCUUUGAGUUAUGAAUAAAAUAUAUAACUUUGAUUUAUUUAAA